CGUCUUGAAAAAGCACCCCUUUAAAAUAGCAACUGAUUCCACUUUUCAACAACAACAACAAAUCCACAUUACUCACCGGCUGCAGUUACAGUUACAGUUACAGUUCAGUUCUUCAAUGGCGAAUGAAGGUUCUAGAGAAAUGAUAAUCAUCUGGGACUUUGAUCAGACAAUCAUCACCGACGACUGUGAUCACUGGGUGGUUCUUGACACAAACCUCACCAAACUCUUUCAUCGCGUUCGCGACACACUCUCUUGGCACCAAAUCAUCGAUAGGAUGAUGGAUGAGCUACAUGCUCAGGGGAAAACAGUCAACGACUUCGUUGACCGUUUGAACAAGUUUACGAUCGAUCCGCAAAUGAUUUCAGCCAUCCGAUCGGCUCAUGAACUCGGAUGUGAAAUGAAGGUGCUUAGUGAUGGAAAUCACUUCUUCAUUGAAACAAUCUUGAAAAACAAUGGAGUGUUUGAGUGUUUUUCGGGGAUCAUCUCGAACCCGACUGUUGUGGAUGAAGAAGGCAGGCUUAGAAUCUUGCCUUACAAGGGAAAGAAUCGUUUCCCUCAUGGCUGCAUGCUUUGCUCUCCUAAUUUGUGCAAGGGGACCGUGAUUGAUGAGAUUCGACAUUCGGAUAAAAAGAAACGAGGCAUAAUCUACGUCGGAGAUGGGAGAGAUGAUUUAUGUCCGACCCUGAAACUUACCGAACAAGACUAUGUUAUGCCCAAAGAAAAGAAGACUUUGCAUCACAUGCUUACAUUAGCAAAAGUACCUAUCAAACCCAAAAUUCAUGCCUGGAAAGAUGGAGAACAACUCGAAAACAAUCUGAUUCGCCUUCUUUCACCGCAACCUGAAGUCUUAGAGAGUUGAAACCAGAAUUGGUGUGUUUUUUAGCGUUGUGUCUGCAGGUAAAAAACAGUUUCUGGUACUUGUUUGAGUAGCUUUGAUCAUGUAAGGUGUUUUGAGAUGAUGACAAAUGACUGUAGCUUUGGUUGGCAGCGAGUUUAGAAGUUUAUGAA